AUAUAUAUUCUAAUUCCAACUCAAGAAUCGAUUUGGUUCCUUUACGAACAUCUUUUCCAAUAGGGCAUAUGCUUAUUCACUCUCUAGUUCAGGCUAGAAAAAAACGUACCGUUUACUUGAAUGGACAGCGUCACGUGCAAGAACUGUCGAAGACGAUCGUCCAAAAACGGAAUAGUAUUUUCCGGGAGAAGCAAAGACUGGAGCCUAGAGCUGGAAAAAAAGAAAACCGAAGCAAAAAUGCUCUGUCAAAGCCUAAGGAAGAAAUUUUCAAGCAGCAACGGUAACAGUCAAACCGGGGGCCCACCCCAUCCGAUUAUUACCUCAGAGACACCACCGAGAGGGAAACGAGCAUUCCUCUGCGGAGUCACCUACAAGAAACAAAAGUGUGAGCUCAAGGGAACUGCACAAGAUGUCAAGAACAUGAAAGAUUUACUAGUCGAUCAAUUUUGUUUCCCAAUUGAAUCGAUCCUUAUUCUUGCAGAAGAGGAGAAUUAUAAGGCUCCAACGAGGAAGAAUAUAGAAGAUGGAUUCAAGUGGCUGAUGACGGGAAUUCAAUCUGGUGAUUCGUUGGUAUUUUACUUUUCAGGGCAUGGAUUGAGACAACGCGAUUUCCAGGGCGACGAAAUUGAUGGGUUCGACGAAUCGAUUUGCCCAGUUGAUUUUCAAAGUAGUGGAGUUAUAUUGGAUAAUUACAUAAACGAAGCAAUUGUUAGACCGCUGAUCACGGAUGUUACGCUUCAUGCUAUAGUCGAUUGUUGUCACAGUGGAACUAUUCUCGACUUGCCCCAUGUGUACGACAUUAAUACGGGAAAAUGGGAUGAUAACAGCCCUCCGUCUGGCGCUUAUAAGGGUACGAGUGGAGGAAGAGCAAUCUGCUUCAGUGCAUGUGAGGAUUAUCAACAGGCUGCAGAUACAUCAGCUUUCUCACAAGAAAAAGAAAUGACGGGUGCGAUGACGAGCACGUUUAUAGGAGCAAUCAAAGCAGCAGCUGGUAAUAAAGAAAAAAUAACUUACAGUGGCGUACUCGAUUCUAUGCACCAGAGCCUCAGGCAAGCCCAUAAAUCGGGAUGCAUAAGCACUGGACUUCGCAGGGUUUUCCACCGCAAGAUCUUACAGGAUCCACUGUUAUCAUCUUCUGAAGAGUUCUGCACCAACACAGAAUUCAAGCUGUAAUUACGCAUAGUUAAAUGUCAGCUUAAUAACAAAAAUUUAACAGCAAAAAUUGAAGCACAGCCCGUCGCCGCCAUCAACCCGUCGUUCGUUUAAUUUGUAGAAUUUAAAAUGUUUGUUCACAGAGAUAUUGCUUUAUGUCCUCGUGUAACAGCCAUAUUAUUGGAGAUACAAAUAUCAAACGAUUCACCUCGUUAGAUGAAUUGGUGUCUUUAGCUGCCGUAAAGUUAUCCUGAGCUUAAUUCCGUGGCAUAAUUCGAGGUUGCCAUUGUACCACAACUUUUAGCUCGUGUGAUCAACAUAACAUAUUUUUCA